AUGUCCCGGGGGAAGCCCGGGGCGGGCGGAGCGGGGACUCGGCGGACCGGCUGGAGGAGGCGGAGGCGGAGGCGGCGGCUGGAAGCGGCGAUCGGCGGAGCGCCCCGGCUCGGGCGCACGGCGGGGCCCGACUCGCGCGGCCCGGGCGCGUUGCAGGGCGCGCGGGGCAUGAAGCCGGCGGCGCGGGAGGCGCGGCCACCUCGGCGCUCGCCCGGGCUGCGCUGGGCGCUGCCGCCGCUGCUGCUGCUGUGUCGCCUGGGCCAGAUUUUGUGCACAGAUGCCUGUAAUAGCUCCUGUGGGCUGAGUACAGUCACAUCUACUACCACUGAGAUUCUUGCCAAUACAGCAACGGAAAACCUUCCACUAACAACUGUGAUCGAUGUGAACCACCAGAAUCUGCAGCAUUUACAAGGGAACAGUGACAACAUUACUCCAGUCACGGGGCUGGCUCCUGAACCCAGUCUUGCUGUUUCCAUUAGUCCCACCAGUGUGAAUAUAGUACGGAAAAACAACGACUCAGCUGCUUUUUAUUCUGAAGGAAAGGAAGAGAUGAAAAGCAGCCAGCAGACUUCUGGUGAAAAUCAAAGCGGCACUAAUAUCCCCGACUCAAGUCCAACAAAUUUAUAUACCUUCUCCAUCACUCCGGGAAAUGCCAUUUUCAGCAAAGACACAACAGAGCCUCUCCCAGUGUCUGGCCUUCGUGUUGCCACGGGGGUGACCACAGUUGCACUUUCCUGGAAGAAUAAUGGCACUACCACCUACUGGAUGCUCCUAGAAGCCAUGGGAAACCACAAGGAGGGUGCCAGCAUUUCAGUCCGCAAGCCAGAGGUUAUAUGCAAGGCCACCCUGAAUGUUUCGGAAUCAGACAACACACAGAGAGAGAGAGAUGCCGCCUGUACAGAGAGGUCGGCCCAGACACUGAGGAGUCUUACUGCCCCUGAGUACACAUGCCAACUCGAACCUCAAGACCCACCCUCUGCCUUUCCUCCGACCGACGUGAAAGUCCUGCUUCUUGGGUUAAAGUCUAACAUGCAGUACAAGGCCACUGUUUAUCCUCAAGCACCAACCGGCAAGGAAGCACAUCCCUGCGCCAUAGAGUUUAGUACACAAUCCAUUGCAGUUUUUGACUUGAAAGCUCCAGACAUCAACAUCACUGCCACGAGCAUGAUCCUGACCUGGAAAAUCAAUGAUACUGACUUGUCCUCUCUCUACAACUACGAGAUACAUGUUGCUGGGGAGACCGCUUCCCUCAAUCUCACUGUCAACGAGACUCGGGCCUUCAUCACCUCACUUAACUCGAGCACCUUAUACAACAUCACAGUGCGCCCGCUCCUGCAGGACGGCUCUGAGGGCACGCCGGGCUUCCUCCAGGUGUACACCCGUCCUCGUCCAGUUUCUGACUUCCGAGUGACGAAUGUCACCACAAGGACUGUUAGCUUAGCUUGGAGCAGCAAUGACUCUGUCUCCUUUAAGAUACUCACCACACAGGACAGAGCUGAAAAAUCUCAGAACACGACCAGUAAAACUAGUAUCGUCAUUGAUGGCUUAUACCCCGGGACCGAGUACUGUUUUGAAAUAUUUCCACAAGGGCCAAAUGGGACUGAAGGGGAUUCCCAGACAGUUUGCAAUACAACUGACUCGGCUGCAGUGUUUGACAUCCGUGUGGUCAAUGUCACCACAACUGAAAUGGGGCUAGAGUGGCAGAGUAUAGACAAUGCCUCUGACUACAUCUACCACCUACAGCUGGAGUCUAAGCACGGCUCUAGCCAGAUGAACAGCUCCUACAAAGCCAUCACUCUCAAGGGCCUGAUCCCGGGCACCUUGUAUAACAUCACCAUUGUUCCAGAAGUGAACGGUGUCCAGGGAAUCUCUAGGCUCAUUGAGCAGUACACACGGCCCAGCAAUGUGUUCAACAUUGAAAUAAGUACCAACAGCACAUCGGCAACCUUCAGAUGGAAUAACUCUGAUGAGGCCUCUUUCAUGUACGUCUACCGCCUUCUCAUUGAGAAAGACGGGGAUUCCAGCAAUGCAACUGAAAUAGUCACAGACACGGGCAUCACCAAUGCUAUGGUCACCGAGUUAACACCUGGCUCCCGGUACAGAGUCAAGAUCUUCACCCUCCAGAAUGUCACUUGGUCACUGGACCCUGGCUGGAAGCCAUUCUGUACAGACCCGGCCCCAGUAGCCUCCUUCCAAUGUGAAGGGGUCCCCAAAACGCCAGCCUUGGUGCUCAAGUGGGCCUGCCCUCCCGGCACCAACGAAGGCUUUAAGCUGGGGGUCAGCAGCGGAGACUGGAAAAAUACGACAAUCCUGGAGGGCUGCUCCUCGGAGGAUGGCACUGAGUACAGGACGGAAGUCACAUAUUUGAAUUUUUCCACCUUGUAUAACAUCAGCAUCACUGCCUUGUCCUGUGACAAGAUGGCACCUCCCUCCCAAAACACCUGCCUCACGGGCAUCACAGACCCCCCUCCUCCAGAUGAGUCUCCCAAUAUUACGUAUGUCAGUCACAAUUCGGUGAAGAUUAAGUUCAGUGGGUUUGAAGCCAGCCACGGGCCCAUCCAAGCCUAUGCUGUCAUCCUCACCACGGGGGAAGCUAACCCGUCUGCAGAGGAUUUGAGCCACACCUACGGAGAUUUCAAAAGGGGGUCCUCGGCGACUUACGUGACGUACCUCAUAACAACGGACCAGCAGGCGCGUUCCCAGGGCCCGCCGGAAGCCCUAAAGUACGAAAUCGACGUGGGGAACGAGUCCAACACCCAUGGCUACUACAACGGGAAGCUGGAGCCCCUGGGCUCCUACCGGGCGUGUGUGGCCGGCUUCACCAACAUCACCUUCAGCCCCGAGAGCGGACUCAUCGACGGGAACGGGAGCUACGUGUCCUUCAGCCGCUACUCGGAGGCCGUGUCCUUGCCCCAGGACCCAGGUGUCAUCUGUGGAGCCGUGUUUGGGUGUAUCUUCGGUGCCGUGGUGAUUGUGGCUGUUGGAGGGUUCAUCUUCUGGAGGAAGAAAAGGAAAGAGGAAAAGAACAACGAAGUGUCCUUUUCUCAAAUUAAACCUAAAAAAUCCAAGCUGGUCAGAGUGGAGAAUUUUGAGACCUACUUUAAGAAACAGCAAGCUGACUCCAACUGUGGGUUUGCAGAAGAAUACGAAGAUCUGAAGCUUGUUGGAAUUAGUCAACCUAAAUAUGCAGCUGAACUGGCUGAGAAUAGAGGGAAGAAUCGCUAUAAUAAUGUUCUGCCUUAUGAUAUUUCCCGUGUCAGACUUUCAGUCCAGACCCAUUCAGCCGAUGAUUACAUCAAUGCCAACUACAUGCCUGGCUACCAUUCCAAGAAAGAUUUCAUUGCCACACAAGGACCUUUACCCAACACUUUGAAAGAUUUUUGGCGUAUGGUUUGGGAGAAAAAUGUACAUGCCAUUGUCAUGCUGACCAAGUGUGUUGAACAGGGAAGGACCAAAUGUGAGGAGUACUGGCCUUCCAAGCAGGCCAAGGAUUAUGGGGACAUAACGGUGGCAAUGACAUCUGAAAUUGUUCUUCCAGAAUGGACCAUCAGAGACUUCAUAGUGAAAAAUAAACAGACAAGUGACAGCCACCCUCUGCGACAAUUCCACUUCACGUCCUGGCCUGACCACGGGGUUCCCGACACCACUGACCUGCUCAUCAACUUCCGGUAUCUUGUCCGUGACUACAUGAAGCAGAGUCCUCCCGGGUCUCCAAUCCUGGUGCAUUGCAGUGCGGGCGUCGGAAGGACGGGCACUUUCAUCGCCAUCGACCGCCUCAUCUGUCAGAUAGAGAACGAGUACUCCGUGGACGUGUAUGGGAUUGUGUACGACCUUCGCAUGCACAGGCCUUUAAUGGUGCAAACCGAGGACCAGUAUGUUUUCCUCAAUCAGUGUGUUUUGGAUAUCAUCCGAUCCCAUAGAGACUCGAAAGUGGAUCUCAUCUACCAGAACACAACCGCAAUGACAAUCUACGAGAACAUCGCCCCCAUGGCCACGUUUGGACAAACCAAUGGUUACAUCGCCUGA